CCUUAGACACACUAACAACAACAUAUCUCUAUGCGAAAAUUUUGUACAAAAAAUUUGUAGUUUCUGCCUUGAAAGAUGCUCUUUUAAACACGAUACGAGAAAUGGAAAUGUCUACGAUAAAAGAUGGGGAGUAUACGUCCACAAUUUAUUCACUGAUAAAAGGUCAGAAAUUUGCAGAGGCAACGAACUAUCUUUCUCUGGAGCUAGAAAAUCAUCCUAAGUCGCGAGCUGCCUUGUCAUUAUUAGGAUAUUGCUAUUUUCAGCAGCAAAACUUUGAAAAUGCUGCCGAAUGUUAUGAGCAGCUUAUUCAGAUUAACCCAGAAGUUGACGAAUACAAACUUGCAUAUGCCCAGUCUCUGUACAAAGCUUUCAAAUACCCAGAAGCGACCAAAGCGACAUUUCAAAUUGAGAAUCCAGCGUAUCAAUCACAGGUGCUGAAGUUACAAGCUGCUAUAAAAUAUGGUGAGGAAGAUCUCCAGGGUGCCAAGAGCAUGGUUGAGCAAUGUGCUGGAGAUGAUCCUGAUGUUGAGAUAAAUCUAGGUUGCCUGCUAUACAAGGAAAAGCGAUAUUCUGAAGCAUGCCAGAAAUUUUCUUCGGCUAUGAAUGUUCUUGGGUACCAACCGGGUAUGUUAAAAAACUUCGCAAAAAAAUGUGGUCAAUCAGUUCGUGUGUUGACACUGCCGAAGGUGAAACGGCCCAAUUUAACUUCUGUUUUGCAAUCGUUCCUAGAUCUUUCCUAUAAUAUAGCGUUGUGUUUCUACAGCAUGAAGCAAUAUGCCCCUGCUUUGAAACACAUCGCAGAUAUCAUUGAAAAAGGCAUUCGUGAACACCCAGAAUUGAGCGUUGGAAUGACCACGGAAGGAAUCGAAGUGCGAAGCGUUGGAAACACCAAGGUUCUUCACGAGACUGCGUUAGUCGAAGCGUUUAAUCUCAAGGCUGCCAUUGAAUACCAACUCAAGAACUACGAAGCCGCCCAGGAAGCGCUCACAGAUAUGCCUCCGAGAUCAGAAACUGAACUUGAUGCAGUAACGUUGCAUAACCAAGCUUUAAUGAACAUGGAGGUGAACCCAACCACGGGCUUUGAAAAACUCCAAUUUCUGUUACAACAAAAUCCAUUUCCACCAGAAACCUUUGGAAAUCUAUUGCUUUUGUAUGUGAAAUAUCAGUACUACGAUCUAGCCGCUGACGUACUGGCCGAAAAUGCUCAUUUAACAUACAAGUUUUUAACACCUUAUCUGUAUGAAUUUCUUGACGCUACGAUCACAAGACAAACGUCGCCUGAGGAGGCAUUUCGAAGUUUCGAUGAAAUGGCAACAAAACAAACCGAACAAUUAAGAAAACUAACGAAACAGGUCCAGGAGUCACGACAGAAUCACGAUGAUGAAGCUGUGAAGAAAGCUGUGAACGAAUAUGACGAGGCCUUGGAAAGAUAUAUUCCGAUCUUAAUGGCUCAAGCAAAGAUCUACUGGGAUUUAGAAAACUAUCCACAAGUUGAAAAGAUAUUCCGAAAGUCUGUGGAGUUUUGCAACGAACACGAAGUAUGGAAACUGAAUGUAGCGCAUGUGCUGUUUAUGCAGGAAAAUAAGUACAAGGAGGCGAUUGGAUUCUAUGAACCAAUCGUGAAGAAGCAUUAUGACAAUAUACUUAGUGUAAGUGCGAUCGUGCUGGCCAAUCUUUGUGUCUCGUACAUUAUGACGAGUUGCAACGAAGAGGCGGAGGAACUGAUGAGGAAGAUCGAGAAGGAAGAGGAACAAGUUGCUUAUGAUGACCCGGAAAAGAAGAUCUUCCAUCUUUGUAUCGUCAAUCUUGUUAUUGGAACUCUUUACUGUGCAAAGGGAAACUAUGAGUUUGGGAUGUCACGAAUUAUUAAGAGCGUGGAGCCGUACAACAAGAAGCUCGGCACGGAUACUUGGUACUAUGCAAAGAGAUGUUUCAUAAGUUUGCUGGAAAACAUGGCUAAACAUAUGAUCAUGUUACGAGACAGUAUCACGCUAGAAAUUAUCCAAUUUUUGGAACAUUGUGAAGUUUAUGGUCGUAACAUACCAGGUUUGGUUGAACAGCCAUUGGAAGAAGAGAAAUUGCAUCCAGGCAGAAACACUGUGACGUAUGAAGCUCGAUUGCUGAAGAGUCUAUUUAUAAAAUUAAAAUAGAACGUUACUCAAUCUGUAUAUACAUGUACAGUAAUCCUGUAAUGCAAUUGAAAUGGUUUUUCAAAUGUUUCUGUUAAUGCUCUGGAAAAAGUGCUAUGCGUCGUGGUUAACCUAAAAAAUAUGGAAACCUAAGGAAGACACCACGCAUGCGCUAAGUAAAGUACGUACUGAAUAAAAACUAAUACUGUAAACAUGUUUUGUAAAUAUACACUUUUAACAUUAAAUUAUU